UCCAGUUUCGUCUUCCAGAGUCUCCGAGUGAAUGUUGCAAGUGUUAUUACGGAGGAAUGAAAUAAUGGCAGAUCGCCCCUUGGUUAUCGAACACCGCCACCGGCGGCGGCGCUCUCGAGCAUCGAGUGAGUACCUUGGAGUUCGCCGUAGGCCGUGGGGCCGCUAUGCUGCUGAGAUCCGGAAUCCAUACACGAAGGAGAGGCACUGGCUCGGCACCUUCGACACCGCAGAGGAGGCUGCAGUCGCCUACGACCUCUCCUCCAUUUCCUUCAGUGGACUGGCUGGUGCUCGAACCAACUUUUACUAUCCUUUUCUAGCUCCUCCUAACAUGCCGUCUCCACCGCCCCCGCCGCCGCCGCCGCCGCCUCCUCCUCCUCCUCCUUCACCUACGUCCGAGCAAAGGGAUGAUCUCCAUCUCGAGUUCGAUUCCGUUCAGGAUGACGAGUCGAUGACCAUCGCAGCCAUCCUGCAGAGUUUUCGCCACUCCUCAUCUCUUUCUUCAUCUUCCUUUCUGUGGUAAGCAGAGGUAUCGGAUGCUUGCAGUGCUUCAGCUUCUUUUCUCCACUAUGAUUUCUUGUUGGUCUUGAUGCUAAAUAUCAUCAAUUUCGAAAAGUUAUAGAAACUGCUAUAGUAUUAGAACUCGAUUUCGUUGCCA